UCCAGAGAACACGCGUAUACACGCGCGCCGCGUGAAACACGAUCGACUGUACGCCAGUUCCGUAAUGUUUAUUAUGCGUUUCUAAACAUAGCUCACAAAAGACGAAAAUAAGUAGCGGCAACGACCUGCAUGUCUGACACACGGCUGCACCCCGAGGUUUACAUCACAAAAAUCCUCACAAGAUGACAAGUGAUGGCUACGCUUUCGCUGCUGGUGCUUGCUGUAGCGCUAGCCUUAGCGGCUCCAGACUGGACCGAUUGCCAGAGUCCCUGUAGAUGUAAGUGGAGCUCAGGGAAGAAGACAGCCGUGUGCAAGGAUGCGGGAUUCACGGGCAUUCCCGGUACGUUAGACGGUGAUAUGCAGGUACUCGACCUCUCCGGGAACUCCAUAUCGAAACUCCCAAAGGCGGUAUUCAAAUCGGUAGGCUUAAUUAACUUACAACGUAUUUACUUAUCGAAUACGGGCCUAAGCGAAAUCCAUCGGGACGCAUUUAAGGAUCUAAUUAUUUUGGUAGAAUUAGACCUGUCACAUAACAGGAUAACCAGUUUACACCCCGAGACUUUUUACGGCAAUGAGAGAUUGAGUGUUGUUUACCUGACCGGCAAUCCCCUGGGGCGGCUCGUGCGGGCUCAGUUUCCUCCCUUAAGGUAUCUCAAGACGUUAGACCUGGAGAGCUGUCAUCUAGAAUCUAUAAAUAAGGAGGCGUUUAUACACCUAACCGCUCUGGAAACUUUGAACUUAAAAUAUAAUUUGCUGCAGAACCUGUCCGAGGCGGCUUUCAUGAACUUCGCCAACUUAAAGACUCUUGCUUUGGACGGCAAUCCUUGGCGGUGUGAUUGUGAGUUACGUGGUUUUAGAGACUGGUUUUUGGCUAGUAAACUGCAUUCCGUUCCGUUAGUUUGCUCCGAGCCCGAGACAUUAAGUGACCAGUUGUGGGAGCACGUGCCAUCGGGGGAAUUUGCUUGUCCGCCUCAAGUAUUCGCUCACCCACAAAAUCAAGUGCAAGCCGAGGCCGGUGGCAACGUCAGUUUCGGGUGUCACGUCUUGGGGGAUCCGGAGCCGCAAGUUUCUUGGCUUUACGAGGGCUACCCCAUCAAUCAUACCUGGUUAGUGGUUGAGGCGGAGGAGGGCUUGCUGGAUAAAUGGGCCAAUAUCAGUAUAUACAAUGUCAGCGACGCUGACGUGGGUUUAUAUACAUGCGUUGCGAGAAAUAUCCUGGACUCUGCUUCCGUGAAUGUUAGCCUGGUGCUUCCGGAAGUAGUGACUGCCACGACUCUUAGCAAGUCGGACACGAAAAUAGUGUGGUGGGGCUUAGUGAUGGUAAGUGUCGCGGUGGGAUUUUCCGCUGUGGUCACAGUGAUUGCGGUGUGUUGUGUUAGGAGUAGAAACAACAACCAGAGGAGGAACAUGAAGGCCAGCGUCAGCUUCACCGACCAAGAAAAGAAGCUCUUGGACGUCAGUAUCGCCACUACCACUGAUCGGGGCACCGGUAGCUGCGAGGCCCUGGGUCCUGAACUGGAAGUGAUGGAUCCGCCGGUCCAUAUCACCAUAGAACGGGAACCGUUGCCCAUAGCCGUGUUUCCGCCGCCCCCGGAGUUUUCUGGCAGUGCAGUUCCAGCCGGCCCCUACGGAAACAUCUUUAUCUCAGUGUCAGUGAGUCGAGACCCCUCGAUUGAUGUGACCAGGUGUCCUGACCUGUUGGACUUAUCCCACAGGCCCAAGCCGGUGUACCACGGGAUGGCGACGUUGCCGAGGCGCCCAUGCGCUGCCCCCCAGUACGACAACAUGGGACCCCGGGUGACUGCUGGAGGUAGCUCCACGCUGUCUCUGCCAGAUGCUACCGCUCCGAUUGUGACGGAGCUGCCACCGCCCCCGCCACCCCCCUGCGUCCCGCUCACCCCAGAGUUUGUCUCUCUCUAACCUCCCUGUGGUUAAUCUUCAAUUAGUGCCUUUGCUCACAUCAAUAUAUUCAUUUACGUCUAUUAUCAUUAUAUAGUUAAGGACCUAUAGGUAAAAUUGUAUAUAUAGGACUCUAAAUUACUAAAUAUGAUCGCAUUAUGAUAUAGAAUUUCAUACAAUGGAUAUUUCUACAAAACGAUAUGAAGAUUAUCUAUUAAAAUUUGUUAAAUUGACAUGCGAACCGUCUAAUUAUUUCAUUAUCACCGAUUUUAAGGAAGAACUGAGAGAAUGAACCGGACCUAAAGAGAAAUUUUCAAAGUAAUGAAAACAUAUUCAAGGAUUUUUCAGAAAGAUCUCCUAUAAAAAUAUUUGCUCAGCGACCAUCAAUUAGUAACAUUUAUUUUUGGUCAUCAUAAUUUAAAAAUACCCUAGAUAUUCAAAUAACCAAAUUAUUACGUUUAUAUUGUUCUGUAUAUCCAUAAACCAUCAAAAAUUUGAAAAUUUGAACACAAAAUCAACAGAAUGUUUUGUUAAGACGAGUCCACACCCAGUUUUGUUGAAAUAAUAAUAUUAGGUAUUCUUUGUUAAUUCAACUAUUUGCUAGCUAAAUAUUUAUUAUAUUGGUAACUUUGAAAAAAUGAGUUAGCUUUUAAUUACGACUAAGUAAACGUAUUUGUUGUCUGACAGCAAAAUCCAAGAGUUAACAACAAAUGAAGUGAAAUUUACAUUUUCGCAUGUUUUAGAUCUUCUAGAAAUUGUGUUGAUAAGCUCAUUACUUUGUCAAAAUCUUAAAUUCACUCAAUAUUUAACACCAAAAUAGUUUCACUCAUAAAUAACCUUGAAUUUACAUGUUACUUUCUAUUACGUAAGUAUAUCUCUUUAUUUUUCCAUUUUCUGAGAGCAAUGAUUAAACAAUAGCGAUUGAUUAUACUGAAAUAGUAAUAAAAUUGAAUACUUUUCAAGUAUUUUUUGCCAAGUAUUAACGUAAUAAUAAGUACAAUAAGUCUACAUGUCGAUACAUACAAGUUUCAACGAUAAAACGGUUGAUGAAAGAGUUUAU